AUGGCGAUAGCGAUGGUGAUGAUGAUGAUAUUGGCUACAAAUCAAAUGGUGUUGGCUGGUGGUUAUGCUGGUGGUGCGGGAAGUUUUGCAACAGCUUCUGCUGCAGCGGCAGCGGGUGGUAGCUAUGCAGGAGCUGGCAGUUAUUCCGGAGCCAGCAGUUUUUCGGGUGCCAAUAGUUAUUCUGGUGCUGGAAGUUAUUCCGGAGGUGGCAGCUUAUCUGGUGGAGUUAGUGGAGCAGGUAGUUACUCUGAAGGGAUGGCCAAUUCUGCUGUUGGUGAAGGAAGCACAAUAACUACAAUUGUACCUGGUGUGGUCCAUGGCAGUAUUAAUUUGGAAAAGAAUAUUGACUUUGGUGAAUUGGAAGAUGGAAUAUCCGAUGUUGUUGGUGGUAUUCUAAGUGAAGUGGUACAUGGCUUACAUUCAUCGGUGCAUGGUAGUGGUUUGGUGGGCAGCAAUUCGGGCAAAGGUCAUAAGCGACCUGGAAAUGGUGUUGUGGUUAUGGUAGAUGCAGGUGGUCUUGGUAUUGAACAUGGUGGCUCCAUUGGUAUUAAUGGUGAUGGCGGAAUUGUUAUUGAAAGCUCUUCGAGUAUUGGUGGCAGACCCCAUCACAACAGACCUCAUUCGUCGAAUGGUGGUAAUGGUGGAUCAAAUACAAAUCCUGGAAAUUCUAUAAAUGGUAAUGGUGGAGUGAUAGGUGGAUCUGGUGGUUAUGUUCCCAAUGGCAAUAGACCACACUCUUCGAGCGGAGGAAAUAUUCCAAAUUCGAACUUAAAUCCUGGAAGACCCGUAAAUGGUGCUGGCAGUGGUGUUGUGGUCGGAUCAUCAUCAAGUACGGGUGGUGUUAUUAUCGGAUCAUCCUCAAGUGUUGGGGCUAGUUCCAGUGGUGGAUAUGUACCCAAUAUCAAUAAUAGACCCCAUUCCUCGAAUGGAGGCAGAGUACCCAAUACGCAUGUAAAUCCUGGAAGACCCAAUAGUGGUAAUGGUGGAAGUGGGGGAUAUGUUCCGAAUACCAAUUUGAAUCCUGGUAGACCAACCAAUGGAGGUGGUGUCGUUAUCGUAGGAACAUCUUCAAGUGCUGGUGCUAGUUCCAGUGGCGACGGAUAUGUACCCAAUAACAAUAGGCCCCACUCGUCAAGUGGUGGCAGAGUACCCAAUACGCAUAUCAAUUCUGGAAGACCAAAUAGUGGUAAUGGUGGAAGACCUAUUAACCGACCAUCUGGAGGCAGAUUGCCAAGCUCAAAUAUAUUCCCAGAAGAAACAAAUAAUGGUGGUGGUGUUGGAAUUAUGACCGGAGCUUCUGCAGGUGCUGGUGGCAGGCCAGGUGGAUAUGUACCCAGACCGAAUUCAUCGUCUGGUGGAAGUCUACCAAAUUCGAAUAUAAAUCCUGGAAGACCUAUUACUGGUGAAAAUGGAGUCAGUGUGGAAUCCUCAUCAGGCAUUGGGGGAGGUGUAUCUGGAGGAUAUGUCCCCACCUCAACAUCUGGCGGCAGAGUUCCAAAUAGACCCUUAAACCCCGGAAGACCAAAUAACUCCGGUGCCAGACCAGUGAAGCCCCAUAACAGACCUGUAAAUCCAUCCUCAACAAAUAUUGGUACAGAAUCUGGGGUACAUAUUUCUAUAAGUGGCCAUACUGAUGUUUCUAAUAACCCCGAUUUUGUUCCACAAAUUCCAGAUUCUGAUUAUGAUGCAUUAAAUCCUUCCAUUGUUAUCACUUCUUCUUCGGCUUCCUCGUCAUCAUCUAGUGCCGGUAGUACUGGCAUCAGUUUUGGAGAUAACCAACGACCAUCCACAUCAUAUAAUCCCACCUUAAAUGGCGGCUCCGGUGUUCAUAUUUCAAUUGGCGCCCAAUCUGUUGACUUUGAUGAAGCAGGCAUCAAUCAGCAACAACCAGAUAAAAAUUAUGGCCCACCACCAAGCAAACUACCUGGGUCAUAUGUAAGUAAUUCAGGAUCAUCUUAUGGUAAGGGAAAAGGUAAGGGUUUUGUAACUUUUCCCAAACCUACGGUAACCUCUUCAGCCGGUCAUGGCAGCUGGAAUGAUCAAGAAUAUGUGGAUAGUGAAUCAAAUAAUCAAGACUCCACAGUAACCAUAGGAACCUUGAAUUAUGGCAAAGGUAAUGAUGGUAGAAUCACAUUCCCUGAUUCUGAUUCACCGAAGGAACCCCAAAUUGAGGAAGUUUAUAGUGACGUCUCUGGGCAAACUUCCAUAGGAUUUUCAAAUAAUGAAGGAACUGGAAACCACGACUUUGGUGUAACCAAUUCAAACACACAUAACUCGAAUGAUUUUAGUUCUGGCCAAAGAAAACCUUAUGGAGGUGGAAAUAGAGGAUAUGCCAGUUCCGCUACAUCAUCCAAUGCCUACGCUGGCAACAAUCAAAAAGGGCACAGCCAAACUGGCUCUGGAACCUAUAACGGUUCUGGUGUCUCAAGUUUCGUUUCGUCCAGCAGCAGUGCAGCUGCUUCGGCCAGUAGUAGCAGCAGCAGUGGAAUAGCAACUACCAAUGGUGGUGGCGUUUUGGGUUAUGAUAGUUCAUAUUCAAGUUCAUUUGCCAGUGCAUCGGCAUCUUCAGCGGCCUAUACCAGUAGCCAUUAA